AUGGCCCAAGGCGUCCACCACAUCUCCUCCCAGGCUGAGUGGGACAAUCUCCUCGCCUCGACGCGCUAUGUCAUCGCCGACUUCUUCGCGGAGUGGUGCGGGCCGUGCAAGAUGAUCGCGCCGCACUACGAGAAGUUUGCGUCGUCGCUCUCUAUCCCGGGUUACCUAGCCUUCGCCAAGAUCGACGUCGACAACGUGCGCUCCGUCGCCACGCAGUACGGCAUCACCGCCAUGCCGACCUUCCUGUUCUUCAAGGAUGGUACCCAAGUCGCUGUUAAUGGCUCGCCGAUGGUCAGGGGCGCGGAUCUGGGCACGCUGAAGGCUGCUGUGGAUAAGAUGGCUCGGUUGGCGAAGGAGAAGGCGGAGGCUGCUGCUGCUGCUGCUGCUGCUGGUUCGUCAUGA